CGCCUGCGCGCUAGUCAGUCAGCGAGUGCUUUGUGGCCCUGAGGAGACGGAGGUGAUGUGGCGGCGCUGAGGGAGCGCGAGAGCGGAAGGGGCGCCAUGGCAGAGGCGUCUGGGAGCCCCUCGGCGGCGGGUGCGGAGGCGGCCUUGGACCCCGAGUUCCCUCCACAGAGCCGGCCACGUUCUUGCACAUGGCCUCUACCCCGGCCGGAGCUGGCAGGGGCGUCGGCGGAACCCGACCCAGAACCAGGCGGGGGGGCCAUCGAGAGCGCCCCGGAUAAGCGGCUCACCCUGGCACAGAUCUACGAGUGGAUGGUCCGUUCCGUGCCUUAUUUCCGCGACAAGGGAGACAGCAACAGCUCAGCCGGGUGGAAGAACUCCAUCCGGCAUAACCUGUCUCUGCAUAGCAAGUUCAUUAAAGUGCACAAUGAAGCUACAGGGAAGAGCUCUUGGUGGAUGCUCAAUCCAGAAGGUGGUAAAAGUGGGAAGGCUCCACGGAGGAGAGCUGCCUCCAUGGACAACAGCAGCAAACUGGCAAAGGUCCGGGGGAAAGCCUCAAAGAAAAAGGCGGCUAUGCAGGUGGCCUCAGAACCUCCUGCUGACAGUCCAACCUCUCAGUACCCCAAGUGGCCUGGCAGCCCCUCAGCAAGAAGCAAUGAGGACUCUGAUGUGUGGACCAGUAUCCGGCCUCGAACCAGUUCCAAUGCCAGCACCAUCAGUUUAGGACUUUCUCCAAUCCUGACUGAGCAGGAUGACCUUCCCGAUGAGGAGCUCCUCCCUUCCCUCGUCUACUCCAGUGCAUCUAGCAACGUUCCACCGACUGUGACAGAGGAGCUGGAGCUCAUUGAUGGCCUAAACCUGAUGUCGCCGAGUUCAUCCUUGCUGUCAGCUCAGCAGCAUACUUCGAGUGGUCUGUCCCACAGAACUCCCAGUUUUUCCUUGCAGAACCAGAGCACAGCUACUCAGGCACCAUCAUUUGGCAGCUCCCUCUUCAACCCUGUUGAUAUCUCGCUGCACAGCUCUGGUGGCCAUUUCUCUGGCCCACAGACACUGGAAGCCCUCCUGACCUCCAACUCACCACCUCCUAGUGAUGUGAUGAUGACACAGGUAGAUCCUAUCCUCCCACAGAGUGGAGGCAGGUUGAACAGCCAGACUUUUCUGCUCCUGGGGGACCAAUCCUCUAAAAGCAAGAUGAGCCCCGUUAACCUGCUCAGAAAGCCUUCGGAACAGCAGUUGGAUUCAGUCGGUACCACUGCUUUGGCCUCUGCCCUUACCAUGGUGACGGCUCCGCAGAAUGCGGCAGGCCUGUCCACUUUGAAGGCAUCCAGCCCAGCACAGUCUACCCAGGUGGUCCAGCUGGGUGCCCUGCCACCUCUGUCUGCCGCCACUCUUACUCCUUUUGGAGGUAAUCAGGAUAGGCUGCCUAAUGACUUGGAUGUUGAUAUGUACAUGGAGAACCUUGAAUGUGAUGUGGAUUACAUUAUCAAUACCGACCUCAUGGAUGGAGAAGGGCUGGACUUCAAUUUUGAACCCAUUCCUUCUGCUCCUACCUACCCCAGCACCUCGCAGGCCUCCAACCACACUUGGGUACCCAGUUAACUUCAGGAUUGACAAAGUGCCCUUCUGGUUUUGGAGCUUUGCACCCCCCAGAAGAGUCUGGAACAUGGAGAGUACCGGGGGUUGGUCUUACUGCUCUUCAAGCCAGCUGGGAAGAAGAGCUAACUGCAACAGGAAGAAGGAGAUCCUGUUAAGUGCCACGUCUCUUCCCGAGUCUACCAUAAGCCCUCCAAGCCACAGCCAGACCUCCCUGCAAGGAGCUGGGGAAGCAUUCCAAACAUGGCCAAAAGACUCUUCGUGCCCUGAAGGAGCAUUCUCUGAAUUCAUGGGGCAGCAUCAGCUGAGAUGGGUCAGUGAUGGUCAGAAGGGAGCCACUUUGUGUUGACAUCAGCCCUUCGCCUGAUCUCUGCCUCAACCAUCGUUUGACUUAGUACCCUAAGCCUUGAUGAAAAAAAUGGGUGGGAAGGCGAUAUGCACAUCCCAUGGCUGCUUGAGUUGCAAGGUCCCUCCCUGUCUGCAUUUUUCUGGUGGGAAGAAGGGGUGGGGGAGAGAAAGUUGUGCUCUCGGGAGGAACAAGGCUGUCACAAGAGAGAUGGUUACAGCAAGAAUAAUUUCAUUCCCACUGAAUCAGGAAAUUGAUAAAUAAUGAGGCAAGCAACCAUGCAAAGCUGUUGAGGCAUACCGAACUUGGUUCACGCCUGUCUACUGUUGCAGGACUUUGGACGAUGCCUUCAUGGUCACAACUCUCCUCACACUUUUGUUUUGAACCCUGAUGGUAUGUCUGGCACUUUGGGACCUUGCAUUCUGGAUCCCGGGUGCCUGAGGCAGAGUGGAGGUGAUUAGAGGUUGAGAUCUCUGAGUAACGGGUACUGGAAUUGUGGACCUUCUUACUUGUUUUUGUUGGGCUCUUGGGGCUUGUGAGGGUGGCCGAGUAUUUAGAUCUUCACACUGCACUCUGUGAGGGGCUUUUGUAGGAGUCUGUGUCUUUUUAAGGCACGUGGCUCCGUGCCUGCUCACUCCCCCUUAGGUGAGGGUCCCAGCAGAUAAAGGGGAACUACCCCUUCUCCCUCCAACUCUCAGCCUCAUCCGGCGAGGCUCUCUCCAUCGCUGAAGGGUGCGGAGGUGCAGAGCGGCCGGAUCUACAAGGCUAUCAAGUUCAUUCUUGACUGUGCUAGCCACCAGGCCUAUUUGGAAGCUGAGGUACGGCCUUGUUGAAGGCGUUGCCUGAGCCAUCGGUAGCACUUUCCUAAAACACUGACUGCCUGAAAGCAGACAAGCAGGUGCUAAAAGCUGUUGCUAAGAAACCAAAACUUCUCCUGGGGUUUGUUUCUGGCUGUCCUGCUGCAGCCAAGAAAUGGAAAACCUGGAUCUGGCCUUAAGCAGAGCCCUGAUGUUCAUGUUUUUCCUUCUUUUUUUUAAAAUAAAUAAAUAAAUCCAGAAGGGCAUUUUCUACAGAUGAACUAUUUUGGAGGCUUUUAAAAAAGUAAUCUGGACAGGGCUUUCUGUGGUAGCCCUCAAACCAGUAUAAGUGUCUCCAUAUUGGGUGCCUUUCCUUCCCUCAAAGACAGUACCAGUAGGAGGUGUGCUUCUCUGAGCAGCAUUAAGAACAGUUUUGCACCACCUUGGGUAUAUAGCUGGGGGAGUGGGGUGGGGAGAGGGGCACCAAGCAAGUCAUGUUCAUUGGAAUUUGGGCAGGUGCAGGAAUUGUACAUUAUAGGUAGCCUGUAAAGUUAGCUGCAGAUUAACUAGAAGCUUUUGUAAACCUUGGGUGUGGGGGGCACUCUAUAUUUUAACAGAGAACCCUGUGAGAUUAUUGGCUAAAAGCACAGACUGUUUUCUUGCAGCAUUAUACAUUUAUCAGACAAAACACUACAGUACACGAGUCUGGGGGUCUGAAGUUGGGAUUAGGGGAAGCUCCUCAGGGGGGUGAGUGUGGGGUGGACAAGGCUUGGAGGCCUUUCCUGCAUAGUAGGACCCUCCAGCAAUCUUAUGCUUUCAGCAACUAAUCAUGAAUUGCCAACAGGUUGCAUUGCAGGGAUUGGCUGUGUGUGUGUGUGUGUGUGUAUCCAUUAAGCCUUAUAAUAGUUGGCUCACAGCUGUCACUUCUGAAGCUUCUUGAGCCCUGACUGCUUUAUUGAAUUGGGGGAAGGGGAACAGGCUUGUCACUUUGGGGUACAGCACAACUCCACUUAGCGAUGCAGUGGCCUGACAGUCGCUGGAUCUGUAACUUACUAACUUGAGUUGGCUUUUGCUGAAGACCCUGAUAGGCAGGACCCAGAGAGAACAGCUUGGAUUUGGAGGCUGGCGUUCACUUCAUCACUCUGGCGAAGGACUCUUGGGAGCCAGGGGAAACCCUGGGACAGAUUUGGUUGUUCCUUACUAGCACUGGAAUAUUUACUGUGGCAGAAAUAGGGACUGUGGAUGGGCUCCCUUCUAGAACUGGCUUUGUCACCUGAUGAGGGAUGAUGCUUCAAGGUUAUCCUUUCUUGCCUUGAUGUGCUUGGAAAUCCACUAGUAUUACCGGAGAUGGGGAACAGUGAAGUUUCAGCUCCCCAAAUCAAGGCGAAGCACUGUCCAGAGAAGCAAGUGGCACAGGCCUCCAUUCCCACUCACAGUUAAUUGCUAAAAACUUUCCAUGGAGGACUCCACAGCUUGCCUUCUUUUUCUGCAGCUAAGUAAUUUCUUGCUUUGUGUAAGUCCCUUUGUAGGAAAGGACGUCUCAUAGGAAUUCAUAGGCAGGUCUUGCAGGAAAGAAAAGACAGACAAGACAACGCCUCCUAGCAGUGACAGGACAGGUUUCUGGUACCAGACUUUUGGCUGUAGUCUGGCCUUGCUGCAUUAUGUGUGCAUUUUGUAACUAUUACCUGUUGUACUUCCAUGGGAGACUGCAGUUGUCUGACUCAGAAAAAGCUUUUUCACACUUUGCCAGCAGAAACACUCCCCCACUCCCCGUGGAGUUGUCCCUUGCCAGAUUGUGGAGCUGAGUCAGCAGUGUGAUUAACAUGAAAAUGGGGAGACUGGCAGAGGUUAGUGGUCUUCAGGUGCAUGAGUAUGGGACAUCAGUUUUGCUUUCUCAAGGCAAUUGCUUGGAAAGCUGUAUUUUCCAGAAAGGAAGAUGACUCCCCUACCCUUAAAAAGAAAAGAUUACACACAGUCUUUUUAUUACUGUACAUACCAGUAACUUAUGCAUGAAUUUAAGACAAUAUGUUCUUUUUCUUGCCAGCAUGACUGGAAAAACAUUAGGUCUUCCUUUCGGGUAAAUACAGUAACUGCAUCUGAUGCAGAGUCAGGGCUGCUGAGGGAAGUUCACUACCCUUCAAAAUGGUAAGCCAAAGCUUGGGAAUCUCUGGUCAGCCCCCCAUAGCUAGGAGACUGGCAUUUGAGUGCUUUGAGCUGUGCUAGGGAGGAGUGGGAUGCUUGCAGAUACAAAAUUGAAUUAGGACUGAUUAAUUGUAUAACGGCCCCCAUCUGUUUUCAUAUUCUCAACUUCUAAUGUGGGCUUGAAAUCUGCACCUCACACACAACCAUACACCAAAAGAGUGAACAAUAUCAACCUUAUUUGUCACUCUGAAUCAAAGGAAUAUUAAAGCAUCUUAAGGAUUGGCUUAUUUGCAUUGUUAGACUGAAUAGACACCCCGCCACUCUUCUUCCCCUGCUGCUUUGGGGUAUGAAUGAAAAUAGAGCUGGCAUGCAAGAGCUGAUCUUGGUGCAUGAUGGUGGUAUUUUUGCCUUUGACGAAUAAUAAGAUGCUGGCUACGGGGGAUCAGAGCAGGUCUUCAUGGCGUAUCUCUCCAUCGGACUCUUGCUAAGGUUGCUUGUAGUGUGGUCUGUGGGAUGUAUUUGGGACUCAGGAGCAUCUGGGAGUUACCUGUUAGAUUUCCAUGCAUGUCUCAAGGAUGAGGGUGUUCUUUUUAAAGCCAGGUUUCAAGGAUAGGGGUGUUCUUUCUAGAACCAGGUGACCUGGGGCUAUCCACCUUCUAGGAUUGUGUUGUGGAGGUGGUAGAGCUCAUGCAGUGUAUAUACCCUUCCAUACUUCCCCACUGGGACUGGUAGAUUGUAGGAGGGGAGUUGACCUGGGAUAGGUCUUACCUUGUUUCUACUGAGGACAUUUUUUUGCCCUCCCUGACUUCAGUUUUGUCCCCUGUAGCCAUAGAAUCUCUGUCCUCUUCCAGGGUUUUCCAGUAUCCCCCUUUGCUAGAGAGGCUGUGUGGAAUGUGCUAGAGGGCAAAAUGUGACAAAUAAAUCUCUGUA